GUCCCCGGGGCGCCAUGGCCCCACCGAGGCCGGGCGCACCAGCGGGGCCCCGGGCGCGUCGGCUUGCGCGCAGCUGAGCGGGGUUGCAGCUUAGAGAGGCCGGGGCCCCCCGGGGUGCAGGUGGGGAUCCGCGCCAUGGAGCCCCCGGCCGCCCCCUCGGAGAGGAGCCUGUCUCUGUCUCUGCCCGGGCCCCGGGAGGGCCAGGCCACCCUGAAGCCACCCCCCCAGCACCUGUGGCGGCAGCCGCGGACCCCCAUCCGUAUUCAGCAGCGCGGCUACUCGGACAGCGCGGAGCGCGCCGAGCCCGAGCGGCAGCCACACCGGCCCAUAGAGCGCGCCGACGCCGUGGACACCGGCGACCGGCCCGGCCUGCGCACGUCCCGCAUGUCCUGGCCCUCGUCCUUCCACGGCACCGGCACCGGCAGCGGCGGCGCGGGCGGAGGCAGCUGCAGGCGCUUCGAGGCAGAGAAUGGGCCGACGCCGUCCCCCGGGCGCAGCCCCCUGGACUCGCAGGCGAGCCCGGGCCUCGUGCUGCACGCCGGGGCGGCCAGCAGCCAGCGCCGCGAGUCCUUCCUCUACCGCUCAGACAGUGACUACGACAUGUCACCCAAGACCAUGUCCCGGAACUCGUCGGUCACCAGCGAGGCGCACGCGGAGGACCUCAUCGUGACGCCGUUCGCCCAGGUGCUGGCCAGUCUCCGGAGCGUUCGCAACAACUUCUCCCUUCUGACCAAUGUGCCCAUUCCCAGCAACAAGCGGUCCCCGCUGGGCGGCCCAACCCCGGUCUGCAAGGCCACGCUGUCAGAGGAGACCUGUCAGCAGUUGGCCCGGGAGACGCUGGAGGAGCUGGACUGGUGUCUGGAGCAGCUGGAGACCAUGCAGACCUACCGCUCCGUCAGUGAGAUGGCGUCCCACAAGUUCAAGAGGAUGCUAAACCGAGAACUCACACACCUGUCAGAGAUGAGCAGGUCAGGAAACCAGGUGUCUGAGUACAUCUCCACUACAUUCCUGGACAAGCAGAAUGAAGUGGAGAUCCCCUCGCCCACCAUGAAGGAUCGAGAAAAACAGCAGGCGCCACGGCAGAGACCCUCCCAGCAGCCCCCGCCCGCUGGGCUGCAGUUCCAGCCCAUGUCUCAGAUCACGGGGGUGAAGAGGCUGGUGCACAGCAGCAGCCUGAACGACUCCAGCAUUCCCCGCUUUGGGGUGAAGACCGACAAAGAGGAACUCCUGGCCCACGAACUGGAGAACCUGAACAAGUGGGGCCUGAACAUCUUCUGCGUGUCGGAUUACGCCGGAGGCCGCUCCCUCAGCUGCAUCAUGUACACGAUCUUCCAGGAGCGGGACCUGCUGAAGAAGUUCCGCAUCCCGGUGGACACGAUGGUGACAUACAUGCUGACCCUGGAGGACCACUACCACCCCAGCGUGGCCUACCACAACAGCCUGCACGCCGCCGACGUGCUGCAGUCCACCCACGUGCUGCUGGCCACGCCGGCUCUGGACGCUGUAUUCACGGACCUGGAGAUUCUCGCCGCCCUGUUCGCGGCUGCCAUCCACGACGUGGACCACCCUGGGGUCUCCAACCAGUUCCUCAUCAACACCAAUUCGGAGCUGGCGCUCAUGUACAACGACGAGUCGGUGCUGGAGAACCACCACCUGGCCGUGGGCUUCAAGCUGCUGCAGGAGGACAACUGUGACAUCUUCCAGAACCUCAGCAAGCGCCAGCGGCAGAGCCUGCGCAAGAUGGUCAUCGACAUGGUGCUUGCCACGGACAUGUCCAAGCAUAUGACCCUCCUGGCUGACCUGAAGACCAUGGUGGAGACCAAGAAAGUGACCAGCUCGGGGGUCCUCCUGCUGGACAACUACUCCGACCGCAUCCAGGUCCUGCGGAACAUGGUGCACUGCGCAGACCUCAGCAACCCCACCAAGCCGUUGGAGCUGUACCGCCAGUGGACGGACCGCAUCAUGGCCGAGUUCUUCCAGCAAGGCGACCGGGAACGUGAGCGGGGCAUGGAGAUCAGCCCCAUGUGUGACAAGCACACGGCCUCUGUGGAGAAGUCUCAGGUGGGUUUCAUCGACUAUAUCGUGCACCCGUUGUGGGAGACGUGGGCGGACCUGGUCCACCCGGAUGCCCAGGAGAUCCUGGACACGUUGGAAGACAACCGGGAUUGGUACCACAGCGCCAUUCGGCAGAGCCCUUCGCCACCGCCCGAGGAGGAGCCCAGGGGGCCAGGCCACCCGCCCCCACCCGACAAGUUCCAGUUUGAGCUGACGCUGGAGGAGGAAGAGGAGGAGGAGGCGGCCACCGGCCUGGGUGCAGGUGAAGUGCAGGAACUGCCCCUGGCGCAGGCGCAGGACGCGUCCGCAGCUGAGGAACUGUUGGGGCGCCAUGGCCAGGCCGUGCGCACAGAGCUGGAGGUACAGGAAAUGCGCCUGAGGCAGCAAGCAGACCCCGCAGGGCGUGUGGCUACGGGCCAGGAGGAGUCCGCGUCCCCACAUGCAUCUGCGGGUGCUGUAGGCUGUAGCGGUCCCCCCGCUCUGUCUCCUGAGAGCCCCCCUUUGCCUGCCUUGAGGACCCUGCCCCCUCCAGAGGAGGCCCCGGGCCUCCCGGGCCUCCCCUCCACGGCGGCCGAGGUGGGGGCCCAAAAAGAGCACCAGGCUGCCAAGAGGGCGUGCUGUGCCUGCACGGGGUCCCCCAGCGAGGACCCACCCGCGCUCCCAGCUCCCGGCGGGUGGGGGUCAGCUGGAGGCCCCACCUGA